CCCUAGGGCGCUUAACAUGGCGCGCUGGAUAGUGAAUUCGUUGCCGUUGCUGCUGCUGUUGAUUGCGGGGAGUCAACAGGCUCGACUCAUCUCGCCGCCGGUUGAUGAGUUCAAGCAGCUGGAGACUAAAGGAGAUCAAAGCCUAGUUCGAUACAUUGAACCGCGCGCGGAUAAUAACAGCGUGGAUAAUUAUCGUUUGCCAAACAAUACGGUGCCCAUAUCCUACAAUGUGGAGCUGUGGACGGAAGUGCACAAGGGCACAAGGAACUUCAGUGGCGUCGUGAAGAUUGAUAUUCAAGUUGUUGAGGAUACUAAAAUGAUCACACUUCAUUAUCGGCAAAUCAGUAGUUUCAACGCUACCAUACAAAGCAAGGACUCUUUGUCGAGUCAACCAAUUGCAGUGGUAGGAUCGACCGAAACGACACGCGAGUUUCUGAUCCUUACGCACACAGACACCCUCAAGGCGGGCUCCAACUGGACGGUAACCAUCAACUACACUAGCCAACUGCGCUUAGAUAUGGGCGGCUUCUACAUAUCCAGCUACACUGAUGAUAAUGGUGCUGUACACUAUCUGGCCACCACUCAGUUUGAGAGCACAAAUGCCCGACACGCCUUCCCCUGCUAUGAUGAGCCGGCCAAGCGUGCCAACUUUACGAUCACCAUACAUCACGAUCCCAGUUACACAGCCAUCUGCAAUAUGCCAGUGGAUGUGGCCAAGUCGAGCUCCGGCAUCACCGCAUUUCAAACAACGCCACGGAUGUCCACCUAUUUGAUAGCAUUUAUUGUAUCAGACUUUGAGUCCACAGGCGGCGAGCUAAAUGGAUUGCCUCAACGCGUUUUUUCACGCAAGGGCAGGCAGAGCGAACAGGAGUGGGCCCUCUGGUCUGGCCUUGUUGUCGAGUCCAGUUUGGCUAAGUAUUUUGGUGUUCCGUUCGCUUUGCCCAAACUGGAUCAGGCGGGCAUACCCGAUUUUUCAGCCGGAGCCAUGGAGAACUGGGGCCUGGCCACCUAUCGGGAGCAGUACAUGUGGUGGACCAAGGAAAGCUCGACUAUCAAUCAGAAAACGAACAUUGCCAAUAUAAUUGGACACGAGUAUACGCAUAUGUGGUUCGGUGAUUUGGUAUCCAUCAAAUGGUGGACCUAUCUGUGGCUUAAGGAGGGUUUCGCCACCCUCUACUCGUAUGAAUCGAAUGAUAUUGCGUUCCCCGAGUGGGACACCUAUCAAAUAUUCCAUGUGAGCGACUACUACUCAGCUUUGAUUAACGAUGCCUCCUUGAGCACGCCCAUGUCGCAUUACGUGCAAACGCCCUCAGAGAUCUCAAACCGAUAUGGCACCAUCUCCUAUGCCAAGCCAGCCAGUGUGCUGUAUAUGUUGAAGAAUGCAUUUACGGAUGCCGUGUUCCGGCGAGGAUUGGAACUGUAUCUAAAAAAACAUCAGUUCAACUCGACGGACGAAUGGGAUUUGUUUGCCUCACUGCAGAACGCGGCCGACGAGCUGUCCCUCAAGCUGCCCUUCAGCGUUGCUGACAUUUUUUCCAGCUGGUCCACGCAGGUGGGCUUCCCUUUGCUGACCGUGCAGCGUAAUUAUGAUGCUGGCACCUUUAGCGUGACGCAACAGCGCUUUUUGAACAACAAGACAACCGUUAACACGGAUACCUGGUAUGUGCCCAUCAAUUAUGCAACUGCAUCGAGUCCCGACUAUCGCCAAACCAAGGCCUCGCAUUAUCUGCCGAAAGUCAAGGAGCACACAAUAAGCGACGUUAAAAUUGCGAGCUCCGAUUGGUUGCUACUCAACAAACAGUCCACUGGCUUCUAUCGCAUAUUGUAUGAUGAGCGAAACUAUCGGCUGAUUGCACAGGGUCUGAGGGAUCGCCCCUACGAUUUCCACACACGCAAUCGCGCACAGCUCAUGCACGAUGCGUACCGCUUCGUGGACACGGGUCGCAUCAGCCAUAGUAUAUUGUUGGACCUGAUGUCAUACCUGCGCAAUGAGAAUCAAUAUGCGCCCUGGUCUACAGCCAAUAGUAUAUUGAAUAUAUACGAUACUUAUCUGCGUGGCGAUGCCAAUUACGCGCACUUCCGUGAGUUUGUGAUCGAACUGGUCGAGGAUAUCUUCGUCAAGUUGGGCGUCAAUGAAAUACCCGGCGAGCACUAUUUGAACAACUAUCUGCGCGUGAUCCUGGUGAGCCUGGCCUGCCAGGUGGGCAGCACCGAGUGCUAUAAGCAGUCGCAUACGAAAUUGCAGCAAUAUCUGCAGGAUGGUGUGGUUAUCGAGCCAACAUUGAGAAACCAGGCCUAUUGCGCCGGACUGCGUCAGGCCGAAGACACAACCUUCGAUUUGGUAUUAAAAACUCUGUUCGCUUCCACUGAUGACAGCGAUCGCUCCUUCUAUAUCUCUGCGCUGGGCUGCUUGCAGAAUGCCAGCCAGCUGAAGAAAUUCUUCGAGAGCUCCCUCGACAUGAGCAACUCUCUGAGGACCUUUGAGCGCACCAGUCUACUAGAUACCGCCCACUCACGAGGCGAAAUCGGUCUAACUGCUAGCUUGGACUUCUUGGAUGCCAAUUGGAAGGCAUAUGGCGAUCUGAAUCCCAAUGAGAAACCGUUGGACGACGUACUGCGCCGUAUAGCAGGAUCAGUGGUCAGCGAGUCUCAGAAGAAUCGACUCAAUGCGCUGGUGGCCAAAAUCAAAGCGAAUGGCGCAGGGUAUCUCAAAGAUAAUACCGAAACCAGUGUGCAGAACGCCAUGAAGAGCAACUUUGAUUGGUUGGAUGUGCAUCGUCAGCCGAUAAUGGAUUGGCUGGCUGUCUAUCGCCGCAAUGGCAGCAGCUCCCUCUCUGCGUCGCUAUUUGUGGUGCUCGCAGCGUUGGUAUCUUUGCUUUGUCAUGGAUUUAAUUGAAAUACGAUUGCUCUA